AUGCGGCAGAUCUAUGCUCAAGCUGGUCGUAUGAUUGUCUGGCUUGGAGAUGAUAGAGAGGAUGGCCCAAAGGGACUUCGAUGGAUCAAUCACCUAGCAGGGCAACAAUAUACUGUCAUCGGAUCCGCGCAAUGUACGGCGGAGGAACUGCUCGAUCAAGGAACAAUAGCCAUCGUGCCAAUCCCUGGGGCAAUCACCCAACAAACAACAUGGCGUCGUUCUGGACAAAUCGAAGGGACAGCAGUGAAUUCACGGCUCCAGACCGGAACCCUUAAUCAGAGUCAAGACAAUCGUCAAUUGACUUUCCUUUCAAAUGCGCGCCCACAUCGACGAUAUCUGUACUUCCGCUUCAUCAUAUCCUUCCUGAAUGCAAAACAACAAAGCCUCAUCACUUCCGCAAGCAUACAGACGAAACGAUUCUGGCCAUCUGGCGGCGAGUACUUGAACGGGUCGACGUUGAAGAAAGACACUCUCGCAAUGUGUAUCUGGUUCCGAGAAUGCAGAUGA